UUGUCUACACCUCUCUUCCUCGUGCCCGUGGGCGGGCGAAGAGACUCUGACUGUAAACUACACCCCAGCUGUCAUGCACUUCUCCAAAGUCCUGAGUGCAUUUUUUCCAGAGAAUGUGUUCCAUCGAGGUGAAGGGCAAGUAAUUAGGGACGGAAAUACUGUUUUGGACAGUAACGACGAAGAUGACGCUCUCAUUAGCGACAUAUUUGUUAUUUUUACAUCUCUGUAAUUUGGCUAUGGGGAACGUUGAUCCUUCUCCGAGGAUGAUCUUCACAGAAAAAGAAAAAGCAAUGACACGGUUCAGUCUUCCCCAUGACCCACCUGUACAGAUUCUUUUAGAAGACCAAUCAGACACUGUUUUAGCUGCUGGACAAUCAUACCUGAAUACCUACAACUUUCAAAACCAUAAGACGAGCCACAAGUUUAUGCAGUGGGAGAAAUGCAACAGCAUAAGCAGUGAACAUGAUUGCAGCUAUAACAUCACUUUGGUCCACCGGAAGAAAGAUGCUAACCAGUUGUUUGUGUGUGGAACAGAUGGCAAUGAAAGGGUUUGCUGUAACACGGAUUUAACAGUGGAGGCCCCCAUGUGCCUUUCCUCUGAAAAUAUCGCAAACUUAAUAGAAGGUAUAGAAAGAUUUAACAUAAAGGAGGGUGAACCAUCAGUUUUUAUAGAUUCUGAACAGAGUGCAGCUCUCUACAUAACACACUCUGGAUCUGAUGAAUCUGUUGGUAUUCAGAAAUUUGGUAAAGCAAUAGUGCGGCCAAAGAACCACCAUAAAGAGCAGCAUUAUGUAGGAUUGGUGCUCAGCAAACGUGAAGAGGAUCCCUCCCAGAACAGACUUUAUGGCUUCUAUAGGGAGAAAAGCAAAGACAAUGGACUGUUCCGUGAAAUGUGGCUCCCCUUUGUGACCCGGGUUUGCAUGGCAGAUGUUGGUGGUCCCAAGAACAAUUUGCAGUUUACCUGGACAUCCCAAAUGAAUGCCAGGCUCUUCUGUGGAGAUCGUAACAGAAAACAGCAUUUCUCUGAACUGGUGGAUGUUUCCACUGUGGAUGCAGAUCGAUGGCAGGAUACAAAGAUUUAUGCACUCUUUAGAAAUGAAUGGGGGAUGAGUGCUGUCUGCAUCUACACAAUAGGAGACAUUGACAAAAUCUUCACAAACUCCCCAUUCAAAGGCUACACAAAAGCUGAGAUGGACAGGCCAAGGACGUGCGUUGAUGAUAGCACCAAGCUUCCAGUGGAAACCCUGAAGAAGAUUGAAAAGACUUCAGAGAUGGAGCAGCUGGUUCAUCCUGUGGGAAACUCUGGCCUUCUUCUCUUCAAUCACCAGAGCUAUACUCACAUCCAAAUUGAUGGCUCACCAAACAGGAGAACCAGUCACCACACUGUUAUCUUCUUAUCUUUAAACAAUGGAGGAAUUCAUAAAGUAUUGCACAAUAAAAAUGAUACCUUUCUCAUUGCUGAGUUUCGACCAUUCAACUACACAGAACAGAUCAGCUUCAUCCUUCACCCAUCUUCUAAAAAGCUGUAUGUGAACAAUGGAAGUCAACUGGUCCAACUUGAUGUAGCAGACUGCUCCCAGUAUGGAGAUACCUGCCAGGACUGUAUGUUAUCCAGAGAUCCUUACUGUGGCUGGGAUGGCACCCAGUGCAUACGUGACACAAAUGGGAUAUGGCAUGAUGCAGCCACUGGGAACCUAGCCAUCUGUCAAGAACACGCUGAAAAAGAAGCUGCAAUGAAUAGGUUAGAUCUUCCUCAUGAUCCACCGGUGCGGAUUUUUCUAAAAGAGCAACCGGACACUGUCUUAGCUGUUGGAAAAACAUACCUGAAUACCUACAUUAAAAACCAGAAAAAGAAUCAAAGACGUAUGCGGUUGGAGAAUUGCAACAGUGAUGAUUGCAGCUAUAACAUCACUUUGGCCCACCUUAUGGAAGAUGCUAACCAGUUGUUUGUGUGUGGAACCACUGACGAUGAAACAGUUUGCUGUAACUCGAAUUUGGCAGAGCAGUCACCGAUAUGCAAGGAUAUAAAAGAUAUAAGCUCAUUUAACAUAAAGGAGGGUGACCUGUCGGCCCUUGCAGAAUCUGAACAAAGUACAGAUCUCUACAUAACACGCUCUGGAUCUGAUGGAUCUGUUGAAUCUGUUGGCAUUCACAAAUUUGGUAAAGCAGAAGUGGGGCCAAAGAACCACCAUAAAGAGCAGCAUUAUGUAGGAUUGGUGCUCAGCAAACGUGAAGAGGAUCCCUCCCAGAACAGAGUUUAUGGCUUUUAUAAGGAGAAAACCGAAGACACUGGACUGUUCAGUGAAAUGUGGCUCCCCUUUGUGACCCAGGUUUGCAUGACAGAUGUUGGUGGUCCUAAGAACAACUUGCAGUUUACUUGGACAUCCCAGAUGAAUGCCAGGCUCUUCUGUGGAGAUCGUAACAGAAAACAGCAUUUCUCUGAGCUGGUGGAUGUUUCCACUGUGGAUGCAGAUCGAUGGCAGGAUACAAAGAUCUAUGCACUCUUUAGAAAUGAAUGGGGGAUGAGUGCUGUCUGUGUCUACACGAUUGAAGACAUCAACAAAAUCUUCGAAAACUCUCCUUUCAGUGGCUACAAAAAAGACCAAAUGGACAGACCAAGGACGUGCGCUCCUGAUAGCUCCAAGCUUUCAGUGGACACCCUGAAGAAGAUUGAAAAGACUUCAGAGAUGGAGCAGUUGGUUCAUCCUGUCGGCAACCCUGGCCUUCUUUUCUUUAAUCAUCACAACUAUACCCACAUCCAAGUUGACAGUAAACCAAACAGCAGAAGUAGUAAUCAGAACGUCAUCUUCCUGUCUUUAAAUAAUGGAGGGAUUCAUAAGGUGCUGCAGAAUGAAAGUCACACCUUUGUAAUUGCUGAGUAUCAACCAUUCAAACAAAAAGCACACGUUCUCAGCAUCAUCCUUCAGUCUACCUUUAAAAAGCUGUAUGUGAACAAUGGAAGUCAACUGGUCCAACUUGAUGUAGCAGACUGUUCCCAGUAUGGAGAUACCUGCCAGGACUGUAUGUUAUCCAGAGAUCCUUACUGUGGCUGGGAUGGCACCCAGUGCAUACGUGACACAAAGGGGAGCUGGCAUGAUGCAGCCACUGGGGACCUUUCCGUCUGUAAUGAGCACAAUGCAUCAAAUUAUACAGGUGACCCAGUCCCAGUCCCACGUUACUCAAAGUAUUUCCUUCAAUGCCCAGUGUCAUCCCGUCAUGCUCAGUACAGUUGGCAGCACGAUGAAAACUCUACAGCCUGUAGAUCGGUGAAAGAGCAGUGCCUUUAUCUGAUUGACAACAUGGACAGUGAGUGCAAGGGAACUUACAAAUGUAUAUCACAGGAGAUGGGUUACAGUAAAGUCCUGGUACAGUACGAACUACAGGUGGAGAAUGACGCGAAGACCCAACCGUACCAACAACUGUGGCCGAAUAAGGCAGAGGGCCGAAAGACAAGCCCAGUGAUCUGGGUUUGUGUAAUGAUGGCUCUGAUUAAGAGUUUGUCCUUUUAGUUCCUCAGUGAUGUAAGUUAGAGGCUGAAUCUGUGAUUGUCUAAAAUCCGAAAUUUGUUACAAUUACUGUUUUUUCAGUGACAUUUAUUGUUUCUUUCCUUCCAUUAAUUAACUGCACUUCCAACAUCUGUGUAAACAUCUGUAACAGCUGUGGCUCAGACAGGUAAUGCAAGCCAUUCGCGUUAUUUUGUUUGGUUUUUCCAGUGCAAUAUCAACUCUCUGCAAUAUAUGUCGUUUUUUUAAACAAAUAAUGACCUUAUGAAUUGUAUGAAAAUGUAAACAUUCUUUUAACUCUUUCUUUACAAAUUGCUAAGAAGCCCUUAUGUGUUUUGAAAAGA